AUGCAGCUGCUCUCGGCGGCCUGCCGUGCCCUCUCCCUUGUCCUCGUAGUGCUGCUCCUCUCAGCCACCGGCGCCGCACCGGUCGAUGGCGACACGGCGUCCAGCAGCAACGCGGCGGCGUUGACGGCGGCGGGCGGCGUCAACUCCUCAUCGCCCGCGUCGGCGGUCGACGAGACCAUAGAGACGUACCUCUGCCACAUCUGCCUCGGCCGCGACCUGUUGAACAGGAGGGUCUGCCCCACCUACUGGCCCGACUGCCACGCCCUCUGCGACCCGCACCCGCCGCCCGCCGGGCCUCCUGCAUUGCCGGCCGCCCCCAACCGCGAUGAUCCGUGCUACGUCGUGAAGAUAUACAACAACGGCACCCACGCCGUCGUCCAGUACCUGGACUGCAGGCUGACCCGCUGGUGCUCCCUCACGUGUGGCGGAGGCGACGACGUGAGAGCCUUGGGUGCUGCUGCGACCUCCCCCGCGCCAGCAGCUCCGUCGUCCCUUCAGGGCAUGCCGCCGCCGCGCGUCGCCGAAAGGCGGGUGUGCAACUCGCAGAUCUUGUCACAUCCGACCCCCCGCAGCGCCCCCUCCUCUGUCGUCUCUCUCGCGGUCUUCUCCUCUCCCCCCAUGGCCUCCGCCGAAAUCCCCAACGCCGACACCGCGGAACCCAACCCCAGCCCCAACCCCGCCGCCCGUUCGCCGUCGCCUCCGCUCCCGCCGCGCAAGCGCCGCCUCUCCCUCUCCCCUUCACGGUCCGCCUCCCCCAGGCGCUCCGUGUCUCGCUCCCGCUCCCCCCGCGACCGCCGCAGCCGCAGCCGCAGCCGCAGCCGGAGCCGCAGCCGCAGCCGCAGCCGUAGCCGCAGUCGCAGUCGGAGCCGUAGUCCGCGCCAGCCCGAAGGCAAGCGGCGGCGGCAGAACGACCUCACCGUCGAGGCGUGCCGCGACUACCUGCGCGACAGGUGCACCCGCUCCGACCUCGAGUGCAAGUAUGCGCACCCGCACCAAUCCGUUUCCGUCGACCGGGACUCCAAGGUGACGGCAUGCGCGGAUUCGCUGAGGAACAACUGCUUCCGGGGCAGAACCUGCCGCUACUACCACCCGCCUCCUCACAUACAGGAGUCGUUGCUGAGAUCAAUUGGUUUGGACGUCCCACAGGUGAAGACGGUUUGCAGAGAUUUCGCACGUGGGCGAUGUUCAAGAUCAGCAAAUGAGUGCCGCUUCUUGCACCAUUCAUCUGUUCAAGAGUGUGCAAUUGUUUGCCAAGAUUUCUUGCGUGGGAGGUGUGAGCGUAUAUCAUGUAGGUACACUCAUGUCAUAGCACAACCAAUGCUACCCCCACCAAUGAGGGAUGUUCCCAUGCAAAUGCCAUAUCCUGAGAUGGUUUACAUGCCACCACCACCACCACCACUGGGAGUACCUAUGAUGGCUCCUCCUCUCUCACCUCCUAGAGGUUUUGCUGAUAACAAGAACACAGUGGAAGUUUGCAGGGACUACUUGAAGAAAAUGUGCAAUAGAGAAUCAUGUAGAUUUGCACACCCUGAUUCACAAACUGAGGUGGCACAUGACAAGGUUGAAGUUUGCCGUGAUUUUAAACGAGGAGAAUGCACUCGACCUACAUGCCGCUUUUACCACCCAUCCUCAAGCUGAAGUUCUGUUAGAUAAAUCUUGCGUGCCUCACUCUGCUGCUGCUUCUGCUGCUGCUAAUCCUGCUACUGCUGCGAAAGAGCUGCCGCGCUGGCUGUUGUGCUGCUGCUAAGGUGCCAUAGAGUAUUGAGACCCUCACAAAGUGCCAUGUCCCUGGAAGAAAAACAAACUUGUUACUAUCGUGUGAUGUUCAGAUGGUUUGCUUGAACUUGACUCAGCUUUGGAUAGCCUUCUUCACAAUGGACUCUGCAUGUGUGGUUGUGUAUUUGCGUUCAUAAAGAUGUUUUUAGACUUUUAGCUGCGAGUUGCUUUGGAGUUUUGCAUAAUUGAAUCUUGUUUACCAUCAGUUGUAACCCUUCACACUUGGUUGGUUCA